AUGGCGGAGGCGUGCGUGGGUGGUUUGCAAGGGGGGGCUACGGUGCUGUCGUGUCUACCCGUGGAGCAGGAGUUGAGCUGGCGCCUUCGUCGGCUUUACCCUGUUGUUAAUCAGGAGGAGACGCCGUUGCCGCGGUCCUGGAGCCUCAAGGAUAAGUGCAAUUACAUCGGUCUUUCGCAGGACAAUCUGCGCGUCCACUACAAAGGUCACGGUAAGAAUCACAAAGAUGCUGCGUCGGUCAGGGCUACGCACCCUAUACCUACAGCCUGUGGCAUUUAUUACUUUGAAGUGAAAAUCGUCAGUAAAGGUAGAGAUGGGUACAUAGGAGUAGGACUUUCUGCUCAAGGGGUCAGCAUGAACAGGCUUCCUGGAUGGGAUAAACAUUCCUAUGGGUACCAUGGGGAUGAUGGGCACUCCUUCUGCUCUUCGGGGACAGGACAGCCCUAUGGCCCUACGUUCACCACUGGAGAUGUGAUUGGCUGCUGCGUCAACCUCAUCAACAGUACCUGCUUCUACACGAAAAAUGGCCACAGCUUAGGUAUAGCCUUUACAGACCUCCCUUCAAAUCUCUACCCUACGGUGGGUCUUCAGACUCCAGGAGAGAUAGUUGAUGCCAACUUUGGGCAGCAGCCAUUUGUGUUCGACAUUGAGGACUACAUGAGGGAGUGGCGAGCAAAGAUUCAGAGCACCAUUAAGCAGUUUCCCAUAGGAGCCAGACUAGGCGAGUGGCAAGCCAUGCUGCAGAAUAUGGUUUCAUCGUAUUUGGUUCAUCAUGGGUACUGUUCAACAGCAACUGCCUUUGCCAGAGUCACAGACACCACAAUCCAGGAAGAACAAAACUCAAUAAAGAAUAGACAAAGAAUACAGAAGCUAGUGUUAGCAGGCAGAGUGGGAGAGGCUAUAGAAGCCACCCAGCAGCUCUAUCCUGGUCUUCUAGAACAUAACCCUAACCUGCUCUUCAUGUUAAAGUGUCGGCAGUUUGUGGAGAUGGUGAUCGGGACAGACAGCGAAGUCCGUUGUUUCAGUGCCCGCAGCCCCAGAUCCCAGGACAGUUACCCCAGGUCCCCCAGCUUAAGUCCUAGACAUGGAUCGAGCAACUCACACGUUCAUAGUACUGGAGCAGAUAGCCCAACCUGUAGAAAUGGAGUCAUGUCCACGAAAAGCAAACAGAGUCACAGUAAAUACCCAACACUGAGUUCAUCAUCUUCAUCUUCCUUCUCCUCCUCCCCCUCAUCUGUGAAUUACUCUGAGUCUAAUUCUACAGAUUCUACUAAAUCUCAGCAGCACAGUAGUAUGAGUAACCAAGAAACCAGUGACAGUGAGAUGGAAGUGGAGGCUGAGCAUUAUCCAAACGGAGUCCUGGAACAUUCAUCCACCAGGAUAAUGAAUGGAACCUACAAACAUGAAGAGAUCCUGCAGACAGAUGAAUCCAGCAUGGAAGACUGCUGCCCCCAGAGGCAACUCUGUGGAGGGAGCCAUGCUGCCACGGAGCGAAUGAUCCAGUUUGGACGUGAGCUGCAAAUACUGAGUGAGCAGCUUUGCAGUGAAUAUGGAAAGAACACAGUGCACAAAGAGAUGCUUCAGGAUGCAUUUAGCUUGUUGGCUUACUCAGACCCUUGGAACUGCCCCGUUGGUCAACAGUUGGACCCAGUCCAGAGGGAACCUGUGUGUGCUGCUCUUAAUAGUGCUAUAUUGGAAUCUCAGAACCUGCCAAAGCAGCCCCCACUGAUGCUUACCCUGGGCCAGGCCUCAGAGUGUUUGCGGCUUAUGGCUCGCGUGGGCUUGGGCUCCUGCUCCUUUGCCAGAGUGGAUGACUAUUUGCACUAGCCACCAGAACCAAGAUGGAGUUGACA